UUGGCAGAGGCAGGUUUGGUGGUGACUGUGGUUGGGAACUCAGAGAAGCCUUCUAUAGGAGAUCAGGCUGCAGAAGGCCUUCUCCGUGGCUCCUCGCCGCGAUCUUGAUGAGAAGAGGUAGCCCAUGGUUCUAAGCAGUUUAUUGUCAUGGCAGAAAGCGGAUGUGUAAAACCAUUCCCCACUUCUCAGGGUGGGCCUGGGAUUAAAUACCUUUUGCAGGGAGCAGUGUCUGGGAAGGGAAGCUUAUUGGCUAAGCCCUCCAGGUACCUCAUUAGCAGGGAGAACUCUGCUUUGAGCCUACAUGACCACAGGAGAUGUUCUUUUCUGUGAGAAGAAUGGCAUGUGUUCCAAGUCAGGUGUCUGACAGGGAGCUGGGAGUCGCCUAAGUCUCUGGUGCUGGGGACAGGGACGCUGGGUAGCCCAGAGUUCUGCCCUGCUAUUCGUUAAAGGCUGACACCUAGGGUCCUUGGGGAUAAUUACUAGUUGGAACUGCAGUCCCCCAGAGGGCCACUGAUUACAGCUGAUGGGAAACAGUUUCUCCCCCUGCUCUGAUUCCCCACCAGCAUUGGUUCUAACGGUAAAAGCCCCAGGACCGUGUUGUCUUCUUGUCUGUUCCUUUGUUCAGGCUGCAGCUCCUUCCUAACCUCCCCCAGGACCACCCACCGGCACAGACAUGGGCACCCACUGGUUUCUGCUGCUUCUGCUGCUACUCAGUGGGGACAGAACCUUCAACCUGCCUGGCAGUGUUUUAGUCUGGGCGGUUGCCUCGGGUUUACGUUCCACAGAAGGCUCUGUGCUUGACGAGAAUCUAUCCUGCUCAUCUACGAGUUCAGUUGUGCUUCACAGGUCAAAGGAAUCCACAUCUAAGUCCCAGGAACAGAUGAUAUCACCCCAAAGCGGUAGUGAAACAGGGCCCACGGAGCGGACGGCCUCGACAGUGCACACAGCCGUCACGACAGUCACCAAUGGUAUGCCACAGUUAGAUCCCACAGUGACCUCUACAGCAAAGGAGCCAGUAGGGUCAUCCACAACCACAAAAUUCACCUUGGCCACUUCAGCUGAGACCACACAGCCGAAUCAAACUCCACCCUCAUCAACACCAGACAAAGACACUGACACAAAUGAACCUUUACCCACGGCGACCACGGCAACUAUUGACACCUCUUCACCAACCAUGACCACGGUAACUAUCGACACCUCUUCACCAACCACAACCACACUGAGGACAACUGUACUUAGCACAACCACAUCUGAGACUCAGGAAAGGGACACUACAACUGUACCCCCGACCCCAGUGACAAGCCCCACAACAAGUAAGCCACCCGACACACACCAUAGCACAGUCACACAGACACCUUCCCAGCCACUACAGACUGGCUCUGAUGUCGGCGUGACUGAACUCACAACACUGUCACCACCAAGGUCUAUCACCACUGAAAUGAGAUCAUCAGAGUCCCCAAACCCAGGGGAGACAGACGUGACCAUGACGACACCUUUGUUGACACCUUCAGCGACACCUUCAAUGGCAUCAAGCACAGCAAAGCACACCAUCCUGUCAUCUGGAACUGGGACACCCACUGUGCCUGAGAAGUUAACUCUAACUCCACCCUCAACAACACCAGACAAAGUCAUUGACACAAUCAAACCUUUACCCGUGGCGACCACGGCAACUAUUGACACUUCUUUACCAACCAUGACCACGGUAACUAUCGACCCUUCUUUACCAACCACAACCACACUGAGGACAAUUGUACUUAGCACAACCACAUCUGAGACUCAGGAAAGGGACACUACAGCUGUACCCCCGACCCCAGUGACAAGCCCCACAACGAGUAAGCCACUGGACACACACCAUAGCACAGUCACACAGACACCUUCCCAGACAGUGCAGAUGAGCUCAAGCAACAGCCUGGGUACAACCCAAUCAUCUGACCAUUCCACAGGAAUUGUUCCUAGCUCCUCAGAGACAACCAAAUCCUCCACUUUGAUUGGGACUGGAAAAGCACCCCCCAACUCUAGUCCGAGUGGUGGUUCAGGAGGUGGACCCUGUGCUUUGGAUGAGGAUCCAGACAGUACCGGAGGCUGUGCGUGCAAGGACAGCUACUAUUCCCACUUGGAACUAUCUAGAGAGAUAGCGACCCUGCGCUGCAGGCCACAGGACAUUGAGGUGUCGCUCAGGAGCUGCUUCCUGAAGACUCAACACUGGGUCCUGAAGCAAGAUGCCUUCGAGAAAUGUUUCAGUAGCAAUACGACAGAAGAGGGUCAUCGGGUCCGGGUCUUUCAGUUGGAGAAGAAGGAGGGAACUUGUGGACUCCACAUCUCUACCAACAGCAGCCAUGCCCUGCACUCUUUGGAUGUGCACCUUGAACAGGCUCUCCCUGGCUCCAACAGCACUGCCUUUAGAGUGCUUCACUUCAGCUGUGCCUAUCCACUGGCCGUGAACGUCAGCAAACCUGUAUCCUACCAGGAGGUCUCCAUCCCCUCCAUCCAUGUUCCAAAUACCGGGGAGACUGUCAUCAUCCUGAACAUCUUCACGGACUCUGAACUCUCCGCUCCGAUCAAGAACAGUACAGCUGCUGUCGGCAUGCCUCUCUACGUGGUUCUCACGUCCACCAACACUGACCCUGACCGGUUUGCCCUGGUAGUUAACGAGAUCUUUGCAAGUACCAACUUCUCCAACACAGAGGCUAAGGCCACCUAUCACUUUGUGAAGGAGAGCUGCCCAGUCCGGGGCCGGAUGCUCCGGGAUUUGAGCAAUGGGGUCUCCAUGUUUGUGACACUGGCCUUCACUCUCUCACGAUUCUUGAAUAGUGACAUGCUUUACCUACACGCCCGAGUGACCCUCUGUGACAAGCAAGUGGGACGACCAUGCCAACCGGCUUGUAGUGGAAAGAAUCCUCUGAGGAGAAAGUCACCCUGGGAUGCUCGAGCUGGGACCCAGAUGGAGCCUAGCAGUGGCAAGUGGAUCGUGUUUGGACCUCUUCUAAUAAGCGAGUCCAGAGCCUCCGGCAGCAGGAGCUCAGCAGGAGCCUGGAUAGCCAUCUUUCUCCUGAUCGUGACUGGCUGGAUGCUGGAAUAAAAUCUGACCCAGCCUCCGGAGGCCAACCCUAGAGAUUAGUGUGUAGUUUACUUGCAGAGACAAGGGUGGAGUGGGGGAAGAGUUAGCCAAGGCAGGUAGUGUGGCCUCUGUUAGGUACCCGAGAAGCUGCGCAUGGGCCAGCGUGUAGCUGUGAGGAACGUGGCUGCUGCACAAUGGCCUGUUGCUUAUUCGUCAAACCUUCUUCAACGGGGACUCCUGGGGGAGGGAUGUGAUUACACUGCUCAAUACGAUGGGGGGAAGAGUAGAGAACUUGUGUUCAAUAAACACGAGAAAUUCUA